GAGUUUAAUGUGGUACGGUGCAGAUUUAUGUUACAGCUCAAGUUUAUAAAUGUGUAUCAUUGUGAACAUCAGGUGCAAUACCACUUAUUGUCCUUUGGUGGCAGUAAAGAGCCCACGUCUAGAAUGUGCCGUAAAUUAGGAGGAAGAAGAAGUAACGAACCAAUCAGAAUCCAGGGCUGCAUAUUGAAUCGUUGUUUUGGACUCAAACGGCUUCGGGCUUCACUUUUACUACUGUUUACUUUGUUUAGAUCUAAUUUUUUUUAAAGAAGCAACAAUUCCAGUAAGAAGCCAACCGAGUUAAAACCAACACGGUGGCGAUGAAGCUAACGGACAUUAAGAAGUUAAAAGUGGCGGAGCUGCGGUCCAGACUGAAAGAACUCGGGUUGGACAGCAGAGGACUGAAGGCUGAGCUGGUGGACCGACUGUGGUCCGCGACAGAGGCGGGACCAGGAGGGACAGAUGACGGAGAGCAGAUGACACUACAACCCGACAGCUCACCGACACAGCAGGUCCUCACUCCGUCCUCUUCACCGCCGACAGAAGCUGGUGUCCCUGCGCCGUGUGAAGCAGACCACGGCAGAGAGCUCAGAGACACCGGCACACAGACAGAGGCAGAGCCCGGUCCUCCAGCGGUGCACCCCGGAUCUGAGUGUGCUCCAGGGGCUGUGACUGUCUGCCAGGCUGAGACAGGAGAGCCGGGACCUGGAGAGGACAGGGGGGCUCUGUUAGUAGAGGACUUGGACAGAGGAAGAUCCUUCUAUGAGUUCAAAGAGGAAAUCCGAUAUAAAAGAGCCAAAUCACCACAACCCCCGCUGGAGAGGGAGGAGGCAGAGGAACAAGAUGAAGAUAAAGUCAGAUUAGAUCAACAUGGCGGUCACCUACACUUUGAAGUGGGUCCUGAUGGAUCCUGUGGUCAGCCGCGGUUCUGGUCUCGGUUCCCCCUGCUGUGGUCGGGCUGCCGGCUCACCCACGGGGUGCAGAGGGGCAGGGUGGGCUUUGAGGCGCGGCUGGAGAGGAGAUUGUUGAAUACACAGCCUGAAGACCAUGACGUCAGAGAACCAUAUGGUCUGAGAGUAGGCUGGUCAGUGGCGCAGUCCUCUCUGCUGCUGGGGGAGGAUGAACUCUCUUUUGCUUAUGAUGGACGUGGUAAAAAAGUGUCCUGUGGAAAGGAACAGGAGUUUGGAGAACCUUUCUCAGAGGGAGAUAUCAUCGGCUGCUAUGCUUCCUUCUCUUCAGACGGUGCUGUUGAACUCUCUUUCCAAAGGAAUGGUCGUUUCUUGGGUGUAGCUUUCACCCUGGAUGCCUCAGUGCUGCUGGGCUGUGCUUUGUUCCCUCACAUCCUCUGUAAGAGCUGUUCGGUCAGAUUGCUGUUGGACCCCACAGCUCCUCCCUGGUACCCUGGACCUCCAGGGUUUACACUGCUGGCAGCUCUCCCUGCUGAUCAGAGGGUUCGCUGCACAUCAGCUCCUUCCUGCAGAGCACAGUGUGAGGUGGUGCUGUUGGUGGGUCUUCCCGGUUCUGGGAAGACCUUCUGGGCCCGAACUCACAUGAAGCAGCAUCCAGAGAAAUGGUACAAGCUGCUGGGAACAGAGGAGCUGCUGGCAUGUAUGAUUAGUGGGGGACAGAAGGACAGCAGGCUGCGACAGGCCUCUCAGUGUUUGACUGAUUUGAUCAAAGUGGCUGCUGAGACUCCUGCUAACUACAUCCUGGACCAGUGCAACAUCCUCUUCUCUGCACGUCGUCACAAGCUGCAGCUGUUCGCAGGCUUCAGGCGGCGGGUCGUGGUGGUCUUCCCUUCUGCAGACGAGUGGAAACGACGACUGUCGCAGCACCAGAUGACCGACGGGGAGCACAUCCCUGAGACCGCCCUGCUCAAACUGCAAGUGAGCUGCAGCCUUCCAGAGCAGCCGGCCGACCUGCUGGAGGAGCUGCAGUACGUGGAGCUUCCUCAGCACCAGGCUCAGACCGUCUUGCUGCAGUACAAAGACGAGGCCCGCAGGCUGCUGCCCCCCGUCCACAAACAAGACAAGAAGAAACCACGGCUUUACAAGAAGAGACCCCACCCUCACUGCCCUCCGGCCCCACACAGGACGGAGUGGUCUGGUUUUAAUGGGCGGAAUGACACAAACAUGCAGCCAUGGAUCCAGCAGCCGAGAUAUUGGACCGUUCCUCAUCAGGAGCAGAGCUUCUACUACAACAGAGACGUCGAUUACAGCGGUUAUGAGGGCUACUGGUGAGGAAACCUGGAGGAGGAAGAACUGAUUCCGCUUCCUGUGACUGUAACGACAAUAAUGCUGCUGAUGUCGUUUCAUGUCAUCUGUGGGUUUGAAGUUUACACAGACCUCAGGCUGCUUUCACUCAAACAUCUUCAGUGUUGUGGCUUUUUAAUUUUAUUGAUAAAAACACUUUUUAUCCAAAAAUAUUUUACAAAAUUUCUACUGUCCAGUGAACAAAUGAUGAGAGCUACACAGUACUUUGCACAGUUUUAACAGCAGUGUUGGUCAGGGACAUUUUCUGAAAAUAAAUCCCUGAACUUUAA